AUGAAGUCGGCUUUACUGUGGGAAACUGUAGCCAAUUGCUCCACUACGAAGGCUAGGGUUUCUAAGCUUAUACUUCCUCAUGGAACAGUGGAUACACCUGUAUUUAUGCCUGUUGCUACUCAAGCCUCUUUAAAAGGCAUUACAUGUCAGCAAUUGAUGAAUUUGGGAUGCCAGAUCAUGUUAAACAACACGUAUCAUUUGGGAUUGCGACCGGGACAAGCUUUAUUAAAUGAGGUUGGAGGUGCGCAUAAAUUGCAAUCAUGGGAAAGGAAUCUUCUCACGGAUUCUGGCGGAUUUCAAAUGGUCUCUCUCCUGACGCUUGCUGAAAUUACCGAGCAAGGCGUACAAUUUCAAUCGCCACAUGAUCACAACUCAUCUAUACUGCUCACACCUGAACACUCCAUAGACUUACAGAACAGCAUUGGUGCAGACAUUAUCAUGCAACUUGACGAUGUUGUGUCGUCACUUACUACUGGACCGAGAGUCGAGGAAGCAAUGUGGAGAUCAAUCAGAUGGCUGGAUAGGUGUAUAAAGGCUCACAAGAGACCGCAUGAUCAGAAUCUAUUCGCGAUCAUACAAGGGGGGUUGGACGUGGAAUUGAGGAAUACGUGUCUGAAAGAGAUGAUAAAAAGGGAUACUCCUGGUUAUGCAAUUGGUGGAUUGAGUGGCGGUGAGGAGAAGGACAUUUUCUGGAGAAUAGUUACUCAAUGCACAGAUGUACUCCCUAAAGACAAACCGAGAUAUUGCAUGGGCGUAGGAUACGCAGAAGACCUUGUUGUCUGCUGCGCGUUAGGAGUUGAUAUGUAUGAUUGUGUGUACCCGACUCGAACAGCUCGUUUUGGUAACGCAUUGACUGCUCAAGGCAUACUAAACCUGAAAAAGUCCCGAUUUGCAUCUGAUUUCAAUCCAAUCGAAUCAGAUUGUGACUGUCUCACAUGCAAAUCGUAUACGCGAGCUUACGUGCAUCUUCUUGCCACGCGUGAAACUGUAGGGUGUCAUUUGAUUACGCUGCACAACGUGGCGUAUCAAUUAAGACUAAUGCAACAGAUUCGAACGGCAAUUACGGAAGACAAGUAUCCUCAGUUUGUGAAACAAUUCUUUAAGACCUUGUUCAAGACCAAGGACAAGUAUCCUGUAUGGGCCGUGAAUGCUUUGAAAAGUGUCAAUAUAGAUCUCAUGAUCGAUGAUGAUUAA